UUAUUUUAUUAUUAUUAUACUUGUCAUAUUAUCUAAAGGCGAUCGUCUCAGAAUAUUUUAAAUUUAAAAUUUUCUGUUAUUACUUUAUUCUGUCAUUGUAUUAGUAUUAUUAUAUUAGGAUGAUACAUUUUUUUUUUACUUGAAUAAAGUGUUAUCAUAUUUUCUUUUUCUAAUGGAUUCUUAAUUUACUGUUCAUGAAGACUAGACACAUAUUGCAAAUCUAUCGAUUAGAGCAGAAAACCAACAUGGAAACGGUAGAACGGGGGGAAGCGUCGGCGCGCGAGAUCGCCGGCUCGACGGCGGACGGGCAAAAGGACGGUAGGCGGCGGCAAGUGGACGGCGGGUUUCCGUCGUGGGCCGUGGACGUGCUGAGGAACGUGACGGUGGAACCACUGCUGGGCGUGUUCCAGCUGUCGAUGAUUCUGUCCAGCCUGACCACGCAGAACCUGAACCUGCAGAAAGCGUGCCGGGUGAACAUGGCGCUGGAUGAGGCGACGUGCGGCGCGCUGCGCGGCAACCGGAACGGCACGUUCUACCGGGAUGAAGAGAUCGGCGCGCAGCAGUUGGUGGCUGGCAUGAUGGUGUGGCAGAACGUCAUACAGAACGCCGUGCCCUGUGCCCUGGUCGUGUUCAUCGGGUCGUGGAGCGACCGGCACUGCAGGCGCAAACCGUUCAUGCUGAUGCCGAUCCUGGGCGAGUUGGUGCGCAACGUCGGUCUGAUCGUGUGUGUGUUCUACUUUUACGAGCUGCCCAUGGAGGUGGCCGGCCUCGUCGAGUCCGUCCCUUCGUCCGUCACUGGCAGCCUACCUGUACUGUUUCUCGCGGUAUUCGCCUACGUGGGAGACAUAAGCACGGUUGAAAAUAGAACACUUCGUGUUGGAUUCGUUACGUUAUUUUCCUCCAUCAGUGUUCCAAUUGGAGCCGCAUUAUCAGGCAUUUUGUUUCGAGAAUAUGGUUUUUAUGGCGUUUACAUUAUAUCCACUGUGCUAUAUUUGAUUACCUUCGUUUAUGGUAUAAUUGUGAUCAGUGACGUCAAGCCUGCGAUCGACGAAAACGGUGACAAGCCCGUCGUGGUCACCAAACAAACGGGAAAAUCUUCUUCUCUGUGCAACAUUGUUGAGUUUUUCGAUUUGAUACACGUAAAAAAGGCUAUUUGGGUUACGUUUAAGCAAGGGGACGACAACAGAAGGACUAACAUUAUUUUGUUGAUGGUUAUCGUGGUCAUUCUUUUGGGGCCGUUGAGCGGUGAACAAUCAUUAAUGUAUUUGUUGACUCGAGUCAAGUUUAACUGGAACGAAGUAGAUUACAGUUUGUUCUCAACGUAUUACUUUAUUUGUAAUCUUAUUGGUAUUGGAUUUACACUGUGCGUGUUAGUUAAUCGAUUCGGCGUUGACGACAGACUAAUUGGAGCUAUUGGAUGUCUGAGCAAAGGACUGGCUGCAUUUGUUUACGCGUUCGCACCGACCGGAUUCGUAUUCUAUGUAGGUCCGAUUGUUGACAUUUUUCACGGUACGGCAUUCGUAGCUAUGAGGUCGAUACUCUCAAAGCUUGUUCCAGCAAACGAACUAGGUCAAGUGUUGGCGGUAUUUUCGCUCGCCGAAACCGUGGUUCCUGCUAUAUUCCGACCACUGUACAGUGUAAUUUAUCAAAAAACGUUGAACUGGUUUCCCGGCGCGUUUUACAUUUUCGGAGGAACGAUAAAUCUUCCCGGUGUGUUGAUCUUCUUAUGGAUGUAUUUUGAAAAAAGUAAGAAACAAGAAUUUACUGAAGAGAAACAAGCUUUAUCCACAGAAGUCGAUAGCCAUCACAACACUAAAAUUUACAAAAAUUAUUAAAAUGUUUAAUUAUUGUCUCGAAUUUAAUUUAUAGAAAAAAAAUAGUUUUAACUUUAUUCAACUAUUUUUUGAUAGAAAGUUACUAAUUUAAAUCACACAACUUCUUAUUGAACUAAGAAGAGUCAUUCUUAAAAUGGUUUGUAGUUUUUUUAAAAAACAUAUUUUUAUUGUAUUUUUAUCCUAUAGCUUAUAUUAUGUAAUUCUACUUUAUAUAACUUUAGGGUUUGGAUUUUCAUUAUUUAUAAUUUCAUCGAG